AUGGACAAGUUCAAAAGAACGUUGAGUUUGAAAAAGAAAAAAGAAUCGUCAGGUGGAGAGUCGAUUAAACCACAUCAGUGGCAGGAAGAUGAACGUAAGGUCAGGGAAGGGUCAUGCAGCUUUCAAGUUAAGUACUUGGGCUGUAUUGAAGUGUUUGAAUCAAGGGGAAUCCAAGUUUGUGAGGAUGCUGUCAAAGCACUGAAAAAUAGUGGCCACCACAUGGCAGUCCUGUACGUGACUGGUGACGCUCUGAGGGUGGUCGAUGAGAUCAGCAAGGGCUUGAUAGUUGAUCAGACAAUUGAAAAGGUUUCAUUUUGCGCCCCGGAUCGCAAUCAUGAAAAAGGAUUUGCUUACAUAUGCCGAGAUGGUACCACGCGCAGAUGGAUGUGUCAUGGUUUUUUGGCUGUGAAGGAGUCUGGUGAGAGGUUGAGUCAUGCUGUUGGUUGUGCAUUUGCAAUCUGUCUGGAAAAGAAGCAGCAGAGAGAGAAAGAGAAAGUAACAGUGACAUACAACGACAAUGGAACAUCAUUCAGUCGGUUGGGCUCCUUCAGGCAGGCCACAAUGACCGAGAGGCUAACUGAUCCUCAGAGUGCAAUUUUGGCUGGUAGGUCACUCAUUCAUCUAUAA